AUGGCAAAGAACGAACUGAUUGUGGUGCAAGGCCAUGAGCACCCGCUGUUACUCAGUGAUGGCUUAAAAGCGCAGCAACUGACUUGGAUAGACAACGAAGAGCCUAUCACCAAUUGGGUGUAUGCUGCCAAAACGCGCUAUCGCCAGCCUGAUGCACCUUGUGAGAUUGACCAAUUAAGCAAAGAGGAAGUCACCAUAAACUUCGGCCAAAAACAAUGGGCGGUGACGGCGGGGCAAAGUGCGGUGGUGUAUGAAAGCAAU